UUAACACCUACACGAUAGCGAACUAGAACAACAACAACAACAACGAAACGAAACUUACGUAACUUGUAAUAUAUCGUGAUACUGCUAAAGUUACACCAUCAGGUAUUCAUUCACUGAUACGAAAUGUCUUUUUGUUCGUGGUUUGGUGGUGAGAAAUACAGGGAUCACUUUGAUAAAGGAGUGUAUGCCUGUUCAAACUGUGGUGAAGAACUGUUUCAUAGUUCGAAGAAGUAUGAGCAUAACACACCAUGGCCAGCAUUCUACGACACUGUGACACCAGACUGCCUUUCAAAGCGCCAAGAAUCUCCAUCAGCCCUAAAGGUAUCCUGUGCUAAAUGUGGAAAUGGUCUUGGUCACGAGUUCCUUGGUGAUGGACCAAAGAAAGGCCAGAGUCGUUUCUGAAUAUUCAGUGCCUCAUUAAAGUUUAUACCAAAAUAACAUAAAUAGGCUUAUUUUCUGAAGAGAAAAUUGGAUUUCCUGCAAGCAAGAAAAUGAUACACGUCUUUACCCUAAUGAAAAAUGAUUCAUUCUUCGCUGGGACUAACCACUGGUACACUAUAUAAGAACAGCAUUAAAUUGAGUAAGUUUCAGAAAUGAAGCAUGGAUGAUCAAAUCUGAGAAUAACAAUUGUUGCCAAGUUAACACAUCUGACACAAGACACAAGAAUACAGUUUCAGUUAUUUCAGUGAACAU